CUUGUGAUCCUCUCUCUAGUCCCAUGAUCCCCUCUUGUGAUCCUCUCUUGUGAACCUCUCUUGUGAACCCCUCUCGUGAUCCUCUCUUGUGAGCCUCUCGUGAUUCUCUUGUGAUCCUCUCUUGUGAGCCUCUCAUGAUUCUCUUGUGACCCACUCUGUCUUGUGAUCUUCUUGUCUUCUUAUCCUCUCUCGUGUGAUUCUCUUGUGAUCCUCUCGUGAUCCUGCGUCUAGUCUCUCUUGUUUUGUGAUCCUCUCUCUUAUCUUGUGAUCCUUUCUCUUGUGAUCCUCUCUCUAGCCUUGUCUUUUCGUUUUUUAAAUUAAUAUCCCGAAAUUUUCAUAAAUUUUUGGCCUAUUCGAAAUCUCUUUCGCUUUCUCUUUGUCAUCUCUCUCUCUCUCUCUCUGUGUCUCUCUCAGUUCUUCAUCAACAUCAUGUUUCAGAUACUGCUGCUACUGGCAGGGUCACUGUCCUACAUGGUGGCGGGGAUGUUUGUUGCGUGGCCCAACGUCUUCAUUGCUCACAUCAUCCAAAACAACUCCACCAUUUUCAACACACAACUACACCUCACUGACUCCGAGACAGAUAUGUUGGGAAGCAUGAUCUUCUUGGGGUCACUGCCGGGGUUUCUGUUGGCGGGGUGGCUGCUGGACACAAUAGGUCGACGUUGGUCUGUACUGGUGACUGCGCUGCCCGGUGCCCUCGGCAGUUUAUUAAUCGGCUUCUCCCUCAACCCGCCCAUGCUGCUGGUUGGCAGAUUCUUAGAAGGCAUCACAUUCGGUAUGUUGGGAGUAGCAGUGAGGACAUAUGCAUCAGAGAUAGUGGACACAACCAUCCGGGGCACAGCAUCGGUCAUGUACAACGUCGUGAUGAAUAUGGGUAGUGUCGCAAUCAUUGGUUUGGGCAUCAAGUUGAGUUGGUACUAUGUUGUGUUCGUCAGUUUUGCCGUCGCACUACUACACUGCUUUCUCGUAGCUGUGUUUCUUGUUGAGAGUCCCACUUACUUGGCCGUAAAGAACAGAGAAGCUGAAGCCACCGUCAUCCUCCGCCGCCUCAGAGGUCCCAACGCGGAUAUUAAGGAGGAGUUGAGAAUUCUGAAGAUGAUGAACCAGCGAGGAGAUGGAACAUCAGGAUGGGGAGCUCUGAUCAAGCGGGACGUCAUAAAGAAUAUCCUGGUGAUGUUUGGUCUCUCCAUGAUGUGCAACUUCAGUGGUGUUCAGGUCAUGAAGAUGAACACAGUGAGAAUACUGGUUACUGCUGGCCUAGGGUUCGAUGAAACUGUCAGCACAAUCAUGUUCAACUUGCUAUUGAUAGCAGGCAACGUGACCAUAAUGUAUCUGUUGGACCGUAUAGGACGACGCCGCUGCUUGGUGCUCUCAUUGUUGUUACUCACGAUUGCUAACUCCUGCUUUGGCACCUACGUGUUCCUCACUGACUCGGGAGGGUCGCCUGCCAUGAUGGAGGUGGCUCUGGGAACACCUCUAGAAGUCAACUCAACUAUGAUAUACCAGAGUGAUGCUGGGUCAGCGUCUUGGUCGUGGGUGCCGCUGAUGUGUGUUCUGAUGAUCGCCUUCGGCCAGAGUUUGGGCGCUGGGCCCAUCCCUUAUAUUUUGACUCCUGAGUACUUCCCUACUGUCAUCAGGUCACAGGCUACAAGUGUGUGCCUCCUGCUAGGCGGCCUGCAGAAUGUUGCUGCCCUACAGUUGUACAGCCCCAUGCAGGCUAGUCUGACCCAAGCUGGCCUUUACUGGACAUACGGCUUAGUGGCAGCUGUAGGAAUACCUUACUCUCUCUUGUUCGUGAAGGAGACAGCUGGUAGGAGGGUUGGCUAAUAAAGACAAUAACAUUGCAUAUAGCGGGCUGUCUGACCCUUACAAUAUAUACAGUCUGAUCAAUGAUCUGUGUAGUUAUUAAGACAGAGGCAGUCUGGUUACUAAAUGAUGCCCAGUCUGGUCAAUCACCCGUGUUAUCAAUCACAAGGAAUGUAAACAAAUCACCGUUCCAUUCCUGUGUUAAAGUCAAUGAUUAUUAUUUUGUAUGUUAAAGGAAGUGUGGUUAUAUUAGUGUCAUAAUUUAGAGUAUUGUUUACCCUAAAAUAUAAUUUUCUAUUA